UGGCUACAGGCGCGCAGGGGAAAUGUAGUUGCAGCGCAGGGUACAAAGAGAUGUCGCUGUCUGGAGAACAGCACCUUAGGGCAUAUUGAACGUCCCCCGACAUUCUCUCCUCUUGUCUUCCCCGCUCCCGCUGGCUGCAGGCAUGGAGACCCCCAGCGCACAGGAAGCCGCAGGGCAACAAGCCAGCGCACCAGCCAGCGCACCAGCCAGCGCACCGGCGGGACAGGCCACUGGCUCUGCGAACACCAACACCGUGAAGAAGAGGAGCUGCCCAAAGAAGCAGCGGGGCAGACCCUCGUCCCAGCCCCCCAGGAACAUCGUGGGCUGCAGGAUUUCCCACGGAUGGAAGGAAGGCGACGAGCCCGUCACCCAGUGGAAAGGGACCGUUCUGGAUCAGGUGCCUAUAAACCCCUCUCUCUAUCUGGUGAAAUAUGAUGGGAUUGACUGUGUCUAUGGACUCGAACUUCACCGAGAUGAGAGAGUUUUGUCUCUUAAGAUUCUCUCGGACAGGGUGGCAUCAUCUCAGGUCGCUGAUGCAAACCUUGCCAACACCAUCAUUGGCAAGGCUGUGGAGCAUAUGUUUGAGGGCGAGCAUGGUUCUAAGGAUGAGUGGAGAGGGAUGGUGUUAGCCCAAGCACCAAUCAUGAAAUCGUGGUUUUAUAUUACCUAUGAGAAAGAUCCUGUGCUGUACAUGUACCAGCUUCUGGAUGACUAUAAGGAAGGAGACCUUGUUUGGUGGAUGGGCAUGAAAGGAAGGGACAGCUGUAAAUUCAGGCUGUGA